GCGUUUAUUCACGAGUCGAAAGCUGAACAGAGCGGAUUGAUUAUUGCUACUUUCGCGAGGAUUUAAAAAAAAUUCCAUUCCACUAGCAUCAACUCUGACAACUUUGAAAGUCUCUGGAGAUAGUGCGCUGAGAAGAGAUAGUAGUCGAGAAGAGUCAAAUUCAAAAUCAAGUGCGAGCAGCAAGUGGCGCGACCUUUGCGGAAUAGUCAAAACAAACGAAAUUCAAACUGCGGUGAUAAUUCGGUGGAACGUGCAAAUCGAAAGUGAAAGAUUAUCGCAAAAAUAGCAGUCACCUAAUAGACAGAGAGACGGGAGAAGACAAGUGGCACGAUCCGCGCACAAGUUCUGUCUGUAAUUAUUCGCCAGAAGUGAGCAAGAGAUGAGUUUACACCGCUGAUAACUGUUAUCAUACAACAUAUUGGGUGCUUGGCUUAAUGCGCUGCAAGCAAAGUGAACACAUUUAACGAGCGCGUGAGCAGAGGCGUGUAAAUCAGUGGAAAAUUGCACAAGCCUAGGCCGAGAGCGAUAGCGGGAGGAGGCGUUUUCGCAUAAACAAAGUUGCGAGUGAAAAAGCGUGCAAACUGAAGCUAUAUUAGUUAUUUAUAUGAACAGACUGCUUUGCGGCGCAAGUGGUGCAUACGAAAGAGCAGCGAAAGUACGCAGUUUAGAAAACGUUUAACUAAGUUAUUUAUUUAUUCACUGUCUAUUUAUUGAUUCGUGAGUUUUAAGUUAUAAAAAAACAGUCGAAAAUGGCCCAAGAAAUGAUGUUCUACCCAAAAGAAUCGACUCCACAGACCGUUCCGGCUGGUGAUUACACGGCGGACUUUUUCGCAUCGUACGCAGAGCUGUUUGACCUAUCGCUGUUGACGCCGAGUGAUGGUGAAGUUCCGCUGAGUCCGCAGUCGCAGCAGCAGCAGCGUCAACAGCUACAGCUACAGCUACAGCAGCAACAAUCGAUGAUCCAAGCCGGUGUCAACGCGUCUUCGCAGUACAUUCCGGCCACGAUCUUCCACGACGUGCCCGCAUCGGUUCAGCAAGCCUUGUUGCAAAUGAAACAGGAAAAGCCCUCAUCCUGGACCGAAAGUCUUGCGGAAUCUUCGUUGAAAUCGGCCCUGUUGGAGCAACUUCAGGCUGGUCCCCAGUAUCAGUACUACAGCAGUCCACUGCUAAGUCCACCACAAGAGACGUACACCGUCUUCCCACCGUCGCCAACGCCAUCCAUCCCGGACUUCCAAAACUUCAGCACUCCGCAAUCGUCUGGAGGCUUCGUCGCCAUCAAGCAAGAGUACUGUUCGCUUCCCCCGUCGCCGCCGGAUUCGAACGGAGCUCCCUCGCCAGUGCACUGCAGCGAGAUCAAGAUCGAGUUCGACGUCGAGCCGUCAAUUGAUAUCGAUUCCCUGUUGGGUUCCCCGAAACAACCGAAAGAGGAACCCUCCGACAAACCCCAGGAGUUCCACAUCCUGCGUGAACACCUUCAGGACUAUAGCUUCCAGCGCAAAAACAACCUGAAACCCGUUGAGCUGGAGUCGUUAAUUGGGGGUCUGACGACACGCGCCGACAUCGGCUCGGUCUUCGAACUCGCCCUGAAGGACGCGCAGGAUGGUAUUCAGACGGCUUGCAAUGCCCUCGGGAUCUUACCCGAUCCCCGCCAGUGGUCCCCGGAGCAGGUUCAACAGUGGCUACAGCUAGUUAUGAACAAGUACAACCUGCCCCCGCUGAUCAACAUUGGCGCCCUGUUCCCGGAAAGCGGUGACCAGUUGGCCCAGCUCACGAUGGACGAAUUCGUACGGCGUAUACCGCAGGGUGGUGACAAACUGCACGGGCAUCUCGAGCUGUGGAAGCAAAUCUACCGUACGACGAUUGUGGUUACCAAUAAUAACAGUGGCCAAACGCCACCGGCGGAUGGUCCGGCGUCGGUGCCCACGCUAGUCCAAGCAUCAUCGCCAUCGACAGUGGCGGCGGUUGCGUCCACCCAGCAGGACUCCAGUUCCUUCGAUACGGAGUCCCUCAACGAUGACAUCAGCGAUGACGAAGACGAAGAAAUGCCCCUGGAAGGAGCUGCAGUCCCCAGUUCUUCAUCAGCUGCCCCAUCAACCGCGGGAGCCACCCCAACCUCUGCCAACCCCACCGGCAAACCCCGCCAGGGUGGAUCGCACAUCCAUCUGUGGCAGUUCCUGAAGGAACUGCUCGCCACCCCGGAGCAGCACCAGAGUGCCAUCCGUUGGAUGGACCGCACCAAGGGCGUGUUCAAGAUCGAAGACUCCGUCCGGGUGGCUCGCCUCUGGGGCCGCCGCAAGAAUCGACCGGCCAUGAACUACGACAAGCUGUCCCGCUCGAUCCGGCAGUACUACAAGAAGGGCAUCAUGCAGAAGACGGAACGCUCGCAACGGCUGGUGUACCAGUUUUGUCAUCCGUAUUCGCUGUAA